AUGAUGUCUUUAUGGCAGUUUACUGCGCUAGCCUUCUUGGCACUGCUCCUAGUGAAGGCAGAAGAGAUUUCUGCUUCAGACUGGCUAAAACGCGCAAACGCUGCUCUUACUUCCUACGAUUAUGCAGGUGCGCUAGAGGCCUUUGAUCAUGCUGUGGAGCUCGAUCCCCAGUCGUACCUCACGUAUUUUCGUCGUUCUACGGCACAUCAGGCGCUUGGACGUACAAAAUCGGCACUUCAGGAUCUCGAGACGACCGUGAAGUAUAACCCUACCUUUGGCAAAGCAUACCUCCAGCGGGCUCGCAUCGAGCUUCGUGAGGGCGAUUUUGACCUUGCUCAAAAAACUCUAAAAAAUAUGGAAAAGCAUAAAGCCAAAAGCUUAGAAAAGGACAAAGACCAGGCGAAUGACCUCUAUGAAGAUAUAAAGCGCGCUGAUUCUUUGCAAAAGCGGCUAGAAAUCGCACACAGCAGGUCUGCGGAUGAAUGUGUAAAACUUGCAGACGAAUUGCUUAAGCUGGCACCUAACUCCAUCACAGCACGGAAACAACGUGCGGAAUGCUCAUUAGCUCGCGGAAACCUAGACAUGGCCACCACGGAUUGGGCACGUCUCGCCAGAAUGUCACCAUCGCCUGAACUACAGCUGCGAUUGUCAUUAAUCAGCUACUAUAUCCUUGGCACACGCGACUCUCAGAUGCAAGAUGCUGGUCUUGCUCAUCUGAAAGCCUGUCUGCAUGACGAUCCCGAAAACAAGCAAUGCAUCCGUGCGCACAAGCAGCUUCGCAAGAUUGAUAAGGCGCUGAACAAAGCUCGUGGCUUCUCUGAUGACAGCAAAUGGACGGCCGUCAUCAGCGCUUUGAAAGGUGCCAAGGUAGGCGGACCUACCGUUUAUGAGGAAGUGGAAAAAGUCUUGCAGGAUGCUUCAUCUUCGGGCAUACUUCCCGAGGCCAUUUCGAACCCCACUGCAAGAAGCGAGCUCUUGCAUGAGAUUUCCGGUUUGUACUGUAAAUCGUACAUCGAGCAAGACCUCAUUCGAAAAGCCAUGCCAUGGUGCGAAAAACUUGAGAAAGUGGACCCGUCGAACGAAUACGUUUUAAUGGCCAAGGGUGAACAACAAAUGAAUGACCAAAACUACGAAGAGGCUGUGCGUCUCUUUUCUCAAGCUGCCGAGCACUCUGAGAAUCACAGUGUACGUCAGCGCCUAGUCAAGGCACAAAAGCUACUUAAGCAGUCCAAGACAAAGGACUACUACAAGGUGUUAGGUGUCUCUCGUGACGCUGAUGAACGCACCAUCAAGAAGGCCUACAGACGAUUGGCUCGAGAACACCACCCUGACAAAGGUGGCGAUCAAGAAAAGAUGACCCAAAUAAAUGAAGCAUUUGGUGUUCUAGGCAAUGCCGAACUACGCGAGCGCUACGAUAAUGGCGAUGAUCCAAAUGACCCUACUGGUGGCCAGCAUGCCAGCUACGAGGAUAUGUUCGCUCAUGGCGCCCAUCCAUUCGCCCAAUUCUUCCAACAGGCACACUUUCAGUAUGGCGGAGGCGCGCAUGAUUUCCAUUUUGACUUUUAG